CAUAUACCAAGCAAAAUGGCACCUGUAGCUACUUCAAAUAGCCCUCCUCCUUCUACCUCAGGCGAAGUAUCCAGCUACCGCGGCUAUGACCACGUCCACUGGUACGUCGGCAACGCCAAGCAAGCCGCAAGCUACUACAUCACCCGCAUGGGCUUCAAGCGUGUUGCCUACAAGGGUCUCGAGACUGGCAGUCGCCAUGUCUGCUCCCAUGUCAUCCGCAACGGCGACAUCACAUUCAUCCUGACCUCGCCUCUGCGAUCCCUCAACCAGAUGGACCGUUUCAAUCCCGAAGAGCAGGCCGAACUCAAAGAGAUUCACGAGCACCUCGAGCAGCACGGUGAUGCAGUGAAGGAUGUUGCAUUCGAGGUCGAUGAUGUGGACUCUGUUUUCUUUGCAGCUGUGAAGAAUGGUGCUAAGGCUGUCUCUAAGCCUAAGACUCUUGAGGAUAAGGAUGGCCAUAUCAAGACUGCUACCAUCCAGACAUAUGGUCAGACAACUCAUACCCUGAUUGAGCGCAACCAGUACCACGGUGUCUUUAUCCCGGGCUAUCGUGCUGAGAUGGCAAACGUGGAUCCCAUUACGCAGUUCUUGCCCGGCGUUCAUCUCAAACAUAUCGAUCAUUGUGUCGGGAACCAGGACUGGGAUGAGAUGGAUAAGAUCUGUGAAUACUAUGAGAAAGCCCUCGGCUUCCAUCGUUUCUGGUCCGUUGACGACAGCCAAAUUUGCACUGAAUUCUCCGCCUUGAAGAGUAUUGUGAUGGCCUCCCCCAACGAGAUUGUUAAAAUGCCCAUCAAUGAACCAGCAAAGGGCAAGAAACAAUCUCAGAUCGAAGAAUACGUCGACUUUUACAACGGCGCUGGCGUGCAACAUAUCGCCCUCCACACCGACGACAUCAUCCGCGACAUCACCAAUCUCAAGGCCCGUGGCGUCGAGUUCAUCAAGGUCCCAGAGACAUAUUACACAGAUAUGCAAGCUCGCUUGAAGCAGUCCGGCCUGGUCCUGCAGGAAAGCUUCGAGACGAUUCGCAGUCUGGACAUUCUGAUUGAUUUCGACGAGGGCGGCUACUUGCUGCAGCUUUUCACUAAGCACAUGAUGGAUCGACCGACUGUGUUCAUUGAGAUCAUCCAGCGACACAACUUCGAUGGCUUCGGUGCUGGUAACUUCAAGUCGCUGUUUGAGGCUAUUGAGCGUGAACAGGAGCUGCGCGGUAAUCUCGUUUAA